AGAGUCCGGUAGGUCGCGGGCAGGCUCCUCUCUCACCUCACCUCCAUCUCCCCCGAUUCCGGCGAUCCAAGCCGAAUCCGUUCGAUUCGAGGCAGCUCGAGGCGGAUUUUGGGGACGGGGAGGAGCAGAGGAGGCCAGGAGGGGAGAUGGACCAGGUGCUGAACAAGGUGGGGAGCUACUGGUUCAGCAAGAGGGCCAGCAAGGAGAUCGACUCCAUCGGCGACGACCUCAACUCGGUCUCUUCCAGCAUCGGUGGGGGAGCUAAAUGGAUGGUGAACAAAAUCAAAGGGAAGCUGCAGAAAGCAUUACCAGAUCUUCUCAAAGAAUAUGACAUGCCAGCAGGCCUCUUCCCAAGGGAUACAACUAAUUAUGAGUUCAAUGAAGAGACAAAGAAGCUGACAGUGUACAUCCCUUCAGCUUGCGACGUCGGGUACAAGGACUCAUCAGUGGUGCGGUUCUUCACUUGUGUGACUGGCUACCUUGAGAAGGGAAAGCUUUCUGAUAUCGAGGGCAUGAAGACCAAGGUGCUUGUAUGGACCAAGGUGACCUCCAUCAAGACCGAGGGCUCAAAGGUCCAUUUCACUGCUGGCAUGAAGAAGACCCGCAGCCGCGAUGCAUAUGAGGUCGUCAGAGAUGGUAUCAUCAUAGACAAGUUCUAGAGCACACCUGGCCUGACGGAUGAGCAUACCUGGCCUGACAGAUGCAAUGUAAUUACUUAGAUGAUGCUUUCCCUCCUAGCUUAUGUCAAAAUCUAGUGUGCUAUCGGCCUAUAAUCAAUUGUGGUGGGAUAAACUUUUAUCUCGUGACUGUUCCUGUAUCUUAAAAUAUUGGCGAUUAUUCUCUGUGAUUCUGAUUCUUCUAUCAAACCGAAAGGGGUCGUCAGGCCACAAUAUAUGAGCCGGUUUUUCA